AUGAUCCCUGCGGCGGCCGCCACCUCCCUGGAGUUUGUCAAGGGCAAGCCCGAGCCGUCUGUGCCCGAGGUGAAGCUGACGAGGAGCCGCGAUGGCUCCAGUGGCGUGGCGACCUUCCGCUUCCCCAGCCCCUCCGUGUUCCAGGAGGAGGCGGACAUGAGCGACAUCACCGGCCUCUACAUGAACGAUGAGGAGGGGACGCUGACCACCGUGGAGGUCACCGCGAAAUUUGUCAAUGGCAAGCCCGAUGCCAUUGAGGCCAAGUACGUCAUGCGAAGUGCCAUCGAGUGGGACAGGUUCAUGCGCUUCAUGGAGCGAUAUGCAGAGGAGCAGGGGCUGGGCUUCACCAAGGGCUGA